GGAAAAGCAAGUGGCCGCCGCUUCCCAUUCCGCCGCAACCAACACCAGGGCCUUGCUUGCUCGCUCGCUUGCUUCGCUCCCAUCCGCGGCCCGGGCAGGCAGCCAUCGAAGAAGAUAGCUGAGUAAUCGACGGUGGAUUCGGAGCGGCCGGGGUUCCUCGAGGAGAUGAACGGCCGCGGCAGCGGCGGAGGGGGAGGGGGAGGGGAGGAGGAGAUGGAGGAGGACGGCGGCGGCGGCGCCGGCUGCGCGCAGGGGGCCGGGGCGGGGGCGGAGAAUAAGGAGCGGGUGGUGCUGAUGUGGGGCUACCUACCCGGCGUGUCGCCGCAGCGCUCGCCGCUGCUCGGGCCGGUCCCCGUGAGGCUCCCCCCGGCGGCGGCGGCGCCCGGCGGCGAUGGGUGGAGGGACGUGUGCGGCGGAGGGUGCGGCUUCGCCAUGGCCAUCUCCGAGUCUGGAAAACUCCUCACUUGGGGUUCUGCUGAUGACAUGGGCCAAAGUUAUGUAACUGCUGGGAAGCACGAGGAGACUCCAGAGGUUUUCCCUCUUCCUAGUGGUGUUGCAAUGGUGAGGGCGGAUGCUGGAUGGGCACAUUGUGUUGCCAUAACAGAUGAAGGGGAUGUCUACACGUGGGGUUGGAAAGAAUGUGUUCCAACUGGCAGGGUUGUUGGAGACCAGUCUUCAGUUGGAACCAUGGAGAAGGAUGAAAGACAAAUUGCAAUGGCCACUGACCAAGUGAGCCCCAGGUCACAGGUAUCUAGGACGAGCAGUGGAGCAGCAUCUGGUCCUUCUGAAAGCAGAGGCACUGACGAUAGCACAAAGCGACGAAGGUUGUCUUCAGCAAAACAUGGACCCGAGAGCUCAACAUCUAGUGAUGAAAGUCUUUCUGCACCCCCUUGUGUUGUGACAUUUAAUACAGGAGUGAAAAUAGUGGCUGUAGCUGCUGGUGGUCGUCAUACGUUAGCACUAUCAGAUUUAGGUCAGGUGUGGGGUUGGGGAUAUGGAGGAGAAGGGCAACUAGGUCUGGGUUCCAGAAUCAGAACUGUUUCUUCUCCUCAUCCUGUACCGUGCAUUGAAUCGGCACUGUACAGCAAGGAUCGGCCGUCAGCUAUGAAAGGUAACAAGACCGCUGAAGGGCACAUCAGUAAAGUCAUGGGAAAUUGCGUGAAGGCAAUUGCUUGUGGAGGCCGUCAUAGUGCUGUAGUAACAGAUUCAGGAGCUCUUCUCACAUUUGGAUGGGGGCUGUAUGGACAGUGCGGACAAGGGAAUACAGAAGAUGUUUUAAGUCCGACGUGUGUAUCAUCUAUCCUGGGAAUCAAGAUGCAAGAUGUUGCCGCAGGUCUGUGGCACACCGUAUGUACAUCUGUAGAUGGUGAUGUCUAUUCGUUUGGAGGAAACCAGUUUGGGCAGCUUGGCACUGGUUCGGAUCAAGCUGAGACUGUUCCAAAAUUGGUAGAUGCUACAAGCCUGGAAAAUAAGAAUGCCAGAUCUGUUUCUUGUGGAGCUCGCCACAGUGCUAUUAUAACAGAUGAAGGCGAGGUAUUCUGCUGGGGAUGGAACAAAUAUGGCCAGCUCGGCCUCGGCGACUCGAUGGACAGGAACGUGCCUUGCAGUGUCCCCGUGGACACGUACCACCCGCUGAACGUGUCGUGCGGCUGGUGGCACACCUUGGUGCUCGCGGAGUCGCCUACCUGAAACCUGACAGGAAUUACCGUAGAUUGACAAUUUUGUUAGGAACAUGUAGGCUCGUGCAGGUGCGGAUGCUGCAUUUCAUCGUGUACAUACAUGGCAGUGCAUACAGAUGUGUGUAUUCAUUCUUUCCGGUGCGCUCUUCAACGUGUGCAACGUAGACGAAUCUUGUAUCGCCCUGCGUAUACAGUUGAGUAGGAUUGCCUGUACAAUUACGCUUGAAACUGGGUUCGCUGACGCUUGCCAAGCGGUUAUGCUGCUCCCACAUUGGGUAACCGGAUUA